UUGCAUUUCCGGUUAUUAUAGGUGGCGCUAUUUUGACGUCGACAAAUAUAGAAACUUUUUACACGUUACUGUCGUAUGGUGUUUCCCAAAGAGAUGGUGCAUUGGAACUAACAAUAUCGGGUUUUAAUAAUAAUGGGGACGUAAAACUUUGGAAACAGCAAAGACACCCGUGAAAUAAUGGCAGUGGGUGGCGCGAGCUCAGGCGCUGGGUCGAAGAGCCCCAUCAAAAUAUUUGCCAACAUCUUUAUUUCUUUUAUCGGUGCUGGGGUUUUAGGUCUCCCAUUUGCUUUUAAAGAGGCAGGGAUAUUGGAGGGCAUUGUUGUCAUGACACUCGUGGGAAUAAUAAGUGUUAAGGCAAUGUUACUCAUUGUUGAUUGUAAGUAUCAGCUGAUUAAGGAUAACCGAGUCCCUACCAAGCCUUAUGACAGGGAUGAUACAGAGGCCAGAGAAGAUGGCCUUGUAACCAAGGUCAAGGGCAGAGAGGAGGUCAUGAACUUGUUAGAUGAUGAUGAACCAGAGGCAGACAAAGGACACAAGAAUGCUAGACUUUCUGUGGACCUUUCAUAUGGAGAUAUUGGUCACCAUGCCCUAGGACACAUUGGGCGAGUCUUUGUUGACCUGGCCAUCCUCAUCUCGCAGGCGGGUUUUUGUUGUGCAUAUCUCAUCUUUAUAUCAGAAAACUUGUCCAGUUACAUUCCCAAACUUAAAUUAAUUCAUUGGUUGGUUUUACUUUUACCACCCUUGUGUUUACUUACAUUACUUAGGCAACUGAAGAGCCUGGCCCUGACCAGUUUGCUGGCCCAGUGCUCCAACCUUUUGGCCUUUGGGGUGGUGUUCUGGUUUGAUUUUGAGCAUUUCCAUCACAUUAAAAUUCAUCCCAAGAACAUGUCCAUUAAGGGCCUGCCUUUUUUCCUAGCCAUAUCUAUAUACUGUUACGAGGGUGCUGGAAUGAUUUUAUCCCUAGAAGGGUCGUUAGCAGCUGAUAUACGCUACAAGUUCAGAAGGUUUUUUAUUUUUACCAUGGUGAUUGUCACUAGUUUGUAUAUAUCGUUUGGAGCUGCUGGAUAUCUGUCCUUUGGUCCAGAAACAAAUGCCAUUAUUACCCUUAAUUUGCCAAAAGGAGAAUCUGAAGUAGAUUUCGCCAUGGUUGUCAAGUCUUUCCUCUGUCUGGCAUUAUUUUUUACCUAUCCAGUGAUGAUGUUUCCUGUUAUGAAAUUGUUGGAGAAUUAUCUCAUUAAAGAUGCCCAUAAGAAUAUAUUGAAAGGAAACCUCCUGCGAGUGUUCACUGUCUUUAUGACAGGAUGUAUCGUGCUGGUCAUCCCUAACUUUGCCAAUCUGAUGGCCUUGGUUGGAGCCACAUGCUGCACCAUGUUAGCCUUCACUCUUCCCGGACUGUUCCAUAUGUGUAUAUUCAAAGGGAACCUUACCAUUUAUCAAGUGAUAGUUGAUUGGACUCUGAUAUUUUUGGGAAUUGUGGGUGCCGUGAUAGGAACAAUAGAUGCCUUACAAAGACUUCACAGUUCAGCUGAAGAACCUAACCUCCCUGAUAUAUUCACUAAGCAAAGUGUAAACACUACCUUAGCUUCAGCACUCGGCUCUACUCCCUUACCCUGAAGUGAGCUUCAGGUCAAGGUCAUUAGAUAUGUAUGCUGUGCAUACAUUUUUUUGUGGCUGUAUAGCUACUUUGUAUAUGAUUUACAUGUAUGUGGGUAUUUAUGUGGCUGUAUAGCUACUUUGUAUAUGAUUUACAUGUAUGUGGGUAUUUAUGUGGCUGUAUAGCUACUUUGUAUAUGAUUUACAUGUAUGUGGGUUUUUAUUACUAGUUCAGGUUUACCAAUAUUGGUUACUUGGUUCUCAACCAAUUUUGUCAAAAAUAGUUGUUGUAGGAAGGUGCAUUUUUUUUAUUUUUGUCACAUAAAAACAAAUGCGGGAUUCAUCGUUUUAAUUCGAAUUUUCUCACCUUUAAUCAUAAUGCCAAAAAGUAAAUGUUUAAACAUUGUUAAGGUAUUACUCACACUAUCAAAUGUGGUAGUCUAUGAUUUAUUCAUUUACAAUGAAUCAUAUUGACAAUUCUUUUCAAUAUUCUUCUGCAAUAGACUUUUAGAAUAUAGUUUUGAACAAUUUGCAGAACCCCCUCCCCCUCAGAUAAUGUGCCUUGGGUACUUGUAAUGCAAAUGCUCCAUUGGAUUCACACAAAGAUAAUUGCCAUGAAUACAGUGCCUCAAGUUCAAGUUCAAGUGCCUCAAACCUUUAAAUCAGCGGCCAUUUGCAUUCUUUUACCUAAUCUGAAUCAUUGCAUUGUUUAUGUCAAUCUUGCAUGAUCAAUGUCAAACAUUUUACUGUGGCUUUUAAUUCCAGAUAUUCUUCCUGCAAUGCAUAGAGUUAAAAUAACAUUUAUAUAUUUUAUUCACUCUAAACAUUGUUAAACGAGAUAUGGGUGGGCUUGAGGUCUGAUGAGAACCAAUAUAUUAAUUUUCUAUGACCUUUGAAUUUUUUCUUAUAUUCUAACAAUAAGUUCUCUGAAUUUGUUAUGUUUUUAACUGAGUUAUGUUUCUUAUUAACUAGGACAAUCAUAGAAUAAAGAACUUGUAUUGGUCUGUGAAGGGACCAGAGGCGUGUUCAGCAGAGAGAGCGCCCGCGAGCGCUCGCCAAAAUUUGUGUGGCGGGAAUAGGGAAUUUUGGCGAGCGCUCGCCCUGUUGAACAGGCCUCUGUUGUUGAGUAUCUUACCUCAAUAUUCUCUUUGUUUUCUCAUUCUCUUUCUCAUUUUCGUUGCUAAAUUUUCACAAUUACAGUGUACCAGAACCUAACAUUAGUUUCAUUUUUCAUGUCUAAAAUUUAGUAAUAAAAUUAAUGAUGCUAGUCAAAAGUAACAUUGUAUUAAAGUUAAUCAUGCAUGUAAAAUGAUGCCGUUUUAUGUAUGUAAUUAAUAUAAUUGGGACCAGAAGAUUGCUCUUUUCUUAGAGGUAAAGUUCAAUUAUUUUGUUACAUUUUAUAUUUUAAUGCACAAUUUUAUAGAUACAUAAAAUUUUGAUCUGAAAAUUAUUUUUUGAUGUGUACGUUUUUUUUUUAAUUGUGUAGAUAUGUAUUAUAAUUUAUUAGGAAUCAUUGGAGGGAGCAAUGUGCUAUUAAUAUUUUGUUAAUGGUGAUAGGUUUUUGUGUAGAUUUCAAGUCAAAGAGGUAGUAUCUGAGAAAAAUUCCAUCUAGAUUUGUUUGUACAUGCAUAUAUAUAUUUCUAUUGUUUGAUUAAUGAUAUUAAGCACUUUACAUAAUACAGGAUAACCUGCUUUUAAGGAAGUCUAAUGGUUAUUGAUUAACUAAGAUUCGUUAUAGCUGCUUUUAAGGAAGUCUAAUGGUUAUUGAUUAACUAAGAUUCGUUAUAGCUGCUUUUAAGGAAGUCUAAUGGUUAUUGAUUAACUAAGAUUCGUUAUAGCUGUUCAAGAAUGUUUUUAGAAUGAUAUUGAAAAGAUAUGACAUAUAUAUUUUAUAGCCAAGUUUUUAUUUGUGUCUGAAUUCUGGAUUGACCAAUUCCAUUGUAUCAGUAUUUUUUCAUUUUUGUGUAUUUAAAAUAUUAUAAAUGAUCUAUGUUCUUCCAAGUACACAGUACCGCUGUAAGCAUCCUCCCUGGCUAUAUAUUUAGGCCACCGUGUAUAACUUUUUAGCAAGCUCAUUUAAAGUUUUAUUUAUUAUUAAAAAUAACAUACUCAAUGUUUGAAUAAGAAAGUAAAAUUUUCUCAAGUGUAUUACCUCUAUCAAAGUAAGAAAACUAAGAUUUAUUAUUAGAUUUUUUUACAAAGAAUCUUUACUAAGUAUAAUUUCCAUUAAUGCUUUUUUUUUUAUCAAAUUGGGAAAAAUACUAUGAAUUCCCAAAAGCCCCCCUUUUGAGAUAUCUUAAGUACUAAGUAGGAAGAAGAGUGUAAAAAAAGUAAAACUGAAUAUAUAACACAGGUAUGUUUUUUUUAUUAAACAUAAAUUCUUUUCAUGACAUUUUUAAAAUCAAUAACCAUAAAAUAUACAUACAUAUGUUAUAUAUUAUAUUUUAUAUAUGUAUCUUAAUUGCAAAAGAAAAGGGAUUGGAAGAUGUAACUGAAAAAAUGUUAUUUUUUAGUGAGGUCGAUGAAUUUGCAAAUUAUGUUUUCUGUGGAAAUAGACGCAAAGCAAUAUAUUUGUAAAAUAAAAAAUGAUUAUGAAGAUAUGUGUGAUUGACAAUGAAGGAUAACGGAUAAUGUUCUUGUUUGGAACUGUUAGUUAAAAAACCCCAAGGAGUUAUAGUUCUCAAAGAAAGAUCCACAGAAUUGAUAUACGGGUUUAAAGGGGCUUUGACACGAUUUGAGCUAAAAUUAAAAAAAAUUAUAAUUACAUUUUUAAUGUCUAAAAUGUUUAAUAUGAAUUUGAAAGUCAAAAUCGAUUUAUAAGCGAUUUAUAGAGGUUAGAAUUCUUUGUUUUGUAAACAAGGCUCUAAACCUGUUAUUGUUUACAUAUAAAUUUUAUGGGUAGAAGUUUCAAUCUUAUUUCAAAUUUUCAUCUGAAAUCGUGUCUUGGUCCCUUUGAUUUGUUGACCAAGUCUUGAGCCUAGGUACAGGGACACGUGUUACAGUGUAUAGCGACCAACUGACAUACAGAGUUAUUGUCCCUUGUUGACCUCAGACUCUGCAAUGAUGUGUUACUGAGCCAUUGUGGUAGUGAUUUUACAAUUGAGUCCGGCAUCGGAGAUAAAAACCUCUUCUUAAAAAUUUUCAUUGAAGAAAGGAUUACAUUUUGCAUUUGAUCAUGUUAACUAGACUUUGGUUGACUGGUCUACUGUACUUUGGACUAAUGCAUCAAGAUUUACUCUUUUGCAAAAAUGAUGGCCAUGUAUUUGUAAGGACAAGAGCUCAUGAGGCUAACAGAAACAGUUGUAUAUACAGUAAAAAUUAGCGGUG